GGAUGAUCCGGGAGGGAAUCAAGAACAAGGUCAUGUACGAGGGCAGCGUGUUGGACCCCACCAAGAGGCCUGCAGCGGAAACACCUCCGGGGGCUUCGUGACCCCAAACAAAAAGAGGAGAGGCUCCCUGUUGGGGAUACAGAGACUUAACAUUUCUGCUUCGACUGCACUAAUGAGGUAAAGGACUGUAAAUCAAGAGUUUCAUGGGCUCUGUUUGGUGAGAUCCGGCAUGUUCAAAACCCCACAUAUGGAGUUUUUGAAGCUGUUCCUAAAAGUGAAUCCUGAAGAGUUUAAAUUUAAUAUGUUGUGAGUUUUUGUUCCACCCCUACAUCGACCAAUCAAAUGUUCCUCCCUGUGAUUAAUGACUUCAUUUCCUCUGUCAGAAAAUGUAUUCUGCUCACCAAUCAACCGGAAAUGUUUUAAAGGAAUUCAAUAACAGCUAUUUUGUCUGGAUUACAGGGGAAAGAAAAAGCCCCAAAUUGAUGUUAAACCGAGGGUUGACAAAAUGCAAAAUUCUGUCGAUUACCUGCUGUGACAUCGCUGAUAGGGGCGUGGCCUAAAUGUAAUGCCUUUUUUAAAUUCACCUUAAACCUUUGUAUUAUUUAAAUGUGUGGAAAAUAAAUGAUGUAAGAUGUGAAAA